AUGGGAAAGAAGAAGGGCGCCAAGAAGGGCGGCGGAGAUGACUUCUGGGACGAGGCUGGCGAGUCCAUCGACAACAACAAUGCCGCCAACGACGAGGAAGACGAGGUUCCCGCUAAGAAAACCAAGAACCUCUUCGCUGCCAUGUCGCUCGAUGACGGCGCCGACGAUCAGGACGAAGACGAAGAGGAAACGCCAGCAGCUCCCUCCAAGAAGGGCAAGAAGGACAAGAAGGCUAAUGGCAAGGCCGCUGAGCCUGAGCCCGAGCCGACUCCUGCACCAGCACCAGCCGCCGAGGACGACGACGACAACUACGGCCUGAUGGGCGCAAUCAAGAAUGCCAGCAGCAAGAAAGGAAAGAAGGACAAGAAGAAGAAGAAGAAGCAAGCCGACGACUUUGAUUUCGACGAGUUCGGUGAGGACGUGAGCGGAAACGCAGCCGCCCCAGCUGAGGCUGACGCAGAGCAAGACCUCGCCAACAAGGCUCCUGUUCAAGGCACCAUCGAUGACAUGCUCGACGACGAGUUCCCAGAGGACAAGAUAAAGAAGAAGGGCGGCGCACAGAAGCAAGAGCAGCCAGCAGAUGACGCGGACGCCGACGCCGACGAUGCCGAGGACGACGGCGCACCCCGCAUCCUCACAAAGAAGGAGAAGGAGAAACUCAAAAAGGAAAAGGAGAAGGCCAAGAAGAAGGCGCAGGCUGCUGCUAAGAAGGCCUCGCAGCCGGCUAAGCAGGAUGCGGCAGGUGAUGAAGAUGACAAGGACGACGCUGCUGCUGCUGAAGAGGACGCUCCUGCCACCUCAGCUGCUUCCGAUAAGAAGAAGAAGAAGAAGGGCAAGGGCGCCGAACCAGCCGCAGCAGCCACACCAGCGCCUUCGGCCGCCCCCAAGAAGAUGAACCCGCAGCUUGCGGCCCUUCAGGCUCGUAUCGCAGCGCAAAAGAAGGCGGACGAGGAGGCUGAGCAGGCCCGUCUCGAAGCCAUCCGUGCCGAGGAGGAGCGCGAACGCCUCGAACAGGAGGAGGAGGAGCGCAAGGAAGCCCUCAAGAAAGCCAAGAAGGAGAAGGAGAAGGCCAAGAAGGAGCAGCUCAAGAAGGAGGGCAAGUUCUUGACCCCCAAGCAGAAAGCCGAGAAGGCCGCUGCCGAGGCAAGGAUGCAGGCCAUGCUCCAAGCCGGCCACGUCAAGAUCGAGGGUCUGGAGAACCGUGAAGCUGGUGUCAAGCCUACGACCAAGAAGCGUGCUGUGGUCGACAACCGAAAGAAGAAGGGUCCGCAGAAGCGCGAUGGUGGUCUCACCAUUCCUGAGCCUGUCGCUGCCGAUGCCGAUGGCGGCAAGGACAAGGAGCAAGGCGAAUCAGCCGACGCGGCUCUUGCUAAGGACGAGGCCUCUCCUGCUCAGAAGGAAGCUGAAUCUGCCAAGGUCGACGAGCCCGCUGCCGGGGAGGACGAAGCCGUCAAGGAAAGCUGGGACGCGCAAUCGGAAGACGAGGACGUCAAGGACAGUUGGGAUGCCGAGUCGGACGACGACAAGCCCGCCACUCCGAAGGCCGCCGGAAAGGUGGACACCGCCGCUGCGGCCAAGACCAACGGCAAAGCUGCAGCCAAGGGCGAGGAAGAUGAGGAGGACGACGAGGAGGACGACGAAGAUGAUGACGACGAUGAGUCCGACUCCGACUCCGAUGAUUCAGAAUCCGAGUCCGAUUCGGACGACGGUCUCACGUCCGCCCAGCGUCAAGCCGCCGAGAAGAAGGCUGCUGCCGCUGAGCGAAGGAAGGAGCGCACCGAGCAGGCCAUGGCCGCCCGAAGCCGUGACGACCUUCGAUCGCCCAUCUGCUGUAUUCUCGGACACGUCGACACGGGCAAGACCAAGCUUCUCGACAAGAUUCGUCAGACCAACGUCCAGGAGGGCGAGGCGGGUGGUAUCACCCAGCAGAUCGGUGCUACCUACUUCCCCACCGAGGUGCUUCAGACCAAGACUGCCGUCCUCGACAAGGACUCGCCGUUCGAGUACAAGGUGCCCGGUCUGCUCGUCAUUGACACGCCAGGACACGAGUCUUUCACCAACCUGCGAACCCGUGGUUCUUCUCUCUGCAACAUUGCCAUCCUGGUUGUGGACAUUAUGCACGGACUCGAGCCGCAGACGCUCGAGUCGAUCCGCCUGCUCCGAGACAAGAAGACGCCCUUCAUCGUUGCUCUCAACAAGAUCGACCGUCUUUAUGGCUGGGAGGCCACACCGAACGGCGCGUUCCGUGACAGCCUGUCCAAGCAGCAGCGUGCCACGCAGAAUGAGUUCGAGGAGCGAACCAACCAGGUCAUCGUCCAGUUCGCCGAGCAGGGACUCAACGCCGUCCUCUACUACGACAACAAGAACAUGGGUCGCAACGUCAGCUUGGUGCCCACCUCGGCUCACACCGGCGAAGGUAUCCCGGACAUGCUGCGCCUCAUCAUCGAGCUCACGCAGACGCGUAUGAGCGAGCGGCUCAUGUACCUCUCGGAGCUCGAGUGCACUGUGCUCGAGGUCAAGGUCAUCGAGGGUCUGGGUACAACCAUCGACGUCGUGCUCUCCAACGGUGUCAUGCACGAGGGCGACCGCAUCGUCGUCUGCGGUCUCAACGGUCCCAUCGUGACCCAGGUGCGAGCGCUGCUCACACCGCAGCCGCUCAAGGAGAUGCGAGUCAAAGGUGCCUACGUCCACCACAAGAUGGUCAAGGCCGCGCUCGGUGUCAAGAUCGCCGCUCCGGAUCUCGAGAAGGCCAUCGCUGGUUCUAGGCUGUUAGUCGUCGGUCCGGACGACGACGAGGACGAUCUCAAGGACGAAGUGAUGAGCGACCUCAGCUCGUUGAUGAACUCGAUCGACACUUCGGGUCGCGGAGUCUGCGUGCAGGCGUCGACGCUCGGAUCGCUCGAGGCGUUGCUCGAGUUCCUCCGCGUCAGCAAGAUCCCUGUCAACGGCAUCAACAUCGGCCCCGUCUUCAAGAAGGACGUGGUGCGAUGUUCGACCAUGCUCGAGAAGGCCAAGGAGCUGGCUGUCAUUCUUGCGUUCGACGUUCCCGUCGAUAAGGAAGCCGAGAAGCUCGCCGAAGAGUUGGGCAUCAAGAUCUUCACCGCCCGUAUCAUCUACCACUUGGAGAACGACUUUACCAAGUACCACAAGGAGAUCAUGGAUGGCAAGAAGAAGGAGGCCUCGGGAACGGCGGUUUGGCCGUGUCGACUCAAGACCAUUGCGUGUUUUGCCAAGCGCGAUCCGAUCAUCCUGGGUUGCGACAUUCUCGAUGGAACGCUUCGGGUCGGAACACCUCUCUGCGUGGUGAAAACCGAUCCCACCACACGCAAGAAAACCGUCGUCCAUCUUGGGAAAGUCACGUCGCUCGAGAUCAACCACAAGGAACGCGAUGUGGUGCUCAAGAAGGACGUCGGCGGCGGUGUCGCCGUCAAGAUCGAACACGCCGUGCACGAGUCGGCCAAGAUGUUUGGUCGUCACUUUGAGGAGAACGACGUGAUUGUGAGUCACAUCAGCAGAGCCAGCAUCGAUGCGCUCAAGGCGCAUUUCUGGGACGGCAUCUCGACGGAUGAGAAAAAGUUGAUCAAGAAGCUCAAGGGCGAACUUGACAUUCCGUGA